GGAAGCCAAGCUGUUCCCAUUCCGGCCGACUUAACGUCGCCGAGUUGCGGGUUCGGGCUUCACCUCGAACUUCCCGUGCCGGACUCUCCGACGACCAUGCGACGUUCGGGCCGGCGGACAGAGGACGCGACGGUCACCGGAGACGCAGCGGCCGCGCGAGGACGUCGCUCCCCCCCGCGGGGAAUCCAGCGCUAGCGAGGCACAACUUCUGCGGCCGCGGCGGGUCAGGCAGGGAGGAAGAGAACCGCGUCGGUUUAUUUUCGGAGUGGGUGGGUUCUUUCAAUUCCGCCCACGAUGCUCCCGCUUUGCCGGCGGGCGGCGGUGCUCGGAGCGGUCGGACGGGCUGCGGUGACGCGACACGCGCCGGGCCGCCGGUUGGGAACCCACGCGAGGAACGAGCCGAGGGAGCCGGUCGACUCCCCGAGGAGAGCCAGAGACUUCAUCUACCGCCUGCAGCCCACGGAGCGCGCCUGCCUCCUGCGCGAGCUGCAGGGGUUCGAGUCCAUGGCCAUCGUCCAAGAGAACCUGGAGCCGUCGGCGCCGACAGCAGAGCAGAUCCGAUAUGUCCUGUUCCACAACGCCGUCCCCUUCGUGGGAUUCGGCUUCCUGGACAACGCCAUCAUGAUCGCAGCGGGCACACAGAUCGAGAUGUCCAUCGGCGUCACCCUGGGGAUCUCCACCAUGGCCGCCGCGGCGUUUGGGAACCUGGUGUCCGACUUGGCCGGUCUCGGUCUUGCAGGCUACGUGGAGGCUCUGGCCUCGAAGCUGGGGAUGCAGGGUCCAGACCUGACCCCCAAACAGGUGGACAUGUGGCAGACCCGAGUCAGCUCCCACAUGGGCAAAGCCAUCGGCGUCUCCAUCGGCUGCAUCCUGGGCAUGUUCCCUCUGUUUUUCCUGGAUGACGAGAAGGAAAAGAAGGAGAAAGAAGCACCGCCCUGCUCCACCGCGGCCUCCUCCUAACGGGUCACAUGACUUGUGGUUCCCCUUCUGUCUGCAGUGUGUCGCUCCCCUUGGAUUCUGAUGGGGAGGGAUCAGCGACUCCUUUGUGUUUAUCUGCUUCUAGUCGUGUUGAUGGUGGAGGUGAGGAAGGUGGAGGUGAGGAAGGAGGCGGAGCAGCUGAGUGCAACACUACGAGCAUCUCACUACGUCUUCCAGCUGUUUUUAAUCUGCAGUGUAGGUCCAGGACCACGUGUCCGCUCUCCUUCUCACUCACCGGGGUUUUCUAUUGUUUUUGCAAUUAGGACACACGAUAUUAAAUACUAAUUUACUCACGAUUAAAUCUCCGCGGGAGGAGGCGGAGCCUGAACUCGUCGGCUCAACCCAAAAUCCUGAAUCGACUCAUCGUCUUUUCCUUCCCACUGAGGCUGAAGGUCAUUCCUGUAGACCACACUGGCUUGUGACUGGACGAGAGGACGGAGGUCUUCUUUCUGCAUCCAGGGAGACGCUCUUUAUUCAGACGUGUCUGGAGACUCAUUGGUUUUAGACUAUCAGCACAAAGUGAGUCUGCUUUGACACAAGUUAUGUUCUAAGAGACGAGUUCACAAUGAUGCAAAGGAACCUUAUGGAUUCAUAUCAGUUUAUUUGGAUAUUAAGUAGUGAAGCAGAAUAAAUCCACAUUGAUCUUUAUGUACAAACCUCUGAAGGUAGAAAAUGCCAAAACGUAAUAUUGUGAUAAGUGAUUUGUUGUAAUUGUUUUGCUCUUAUUUAACAGAUAUUGAGAUGAAAUGUUGAUAAUUAGAGAAUGUUUAGUAUUUAAGUUUGAUUAACUAUAAAACACGAUUGAAGAAGCGCUGACGUCUGAGGUGAAUAAGAAGCAACUAAUUAAGUAAUAAAUGAUGUGUUU